AUGUCCGGAGGCAGCAGCUGCAGCCAGACCCCGAGCCGGGCCAUCCCCACCACUCGGAGGGUGGUCCUCGCCGACGGCGUGCAGCUGCCCCCCGGGGACUACAGCACCACCCCCGGCGGCACGCUUUUCAGCACCACCCCCGGAGGUACCAGGAUCAUCUAUGACCGGAAGUUCCUGAUGGAGUGUCGGAACUCACCUGUGACCAAGACGCCCCCGCGGGACCUGCCCACCAUUCCCGGGGUCACUAGCCCUACAGGCGAUGAGCCCCCCACGGAAGCCAGCCAGAAUCACCUGCGCAGCAGCCCCGAGGACAAACCGGCAGGCGGUGAAGAGUCACAGUUUGAGAUGGACAUUUAA